AUGUUUGUGGCAUGGCAGAAGGAAAAACCCCAUGUCAUCACUGACCAUUCAGCUUCAGGUCUGAAUGACGGUAUCCCAAGAACCGAAGCGAAAGUGCACUAUGACGACAUGCGCAUCUUUGGACAGAUCUUGUUUAAUGCUCGAUGCCAGCAUCAUGGGCAAAGACUUGUCAUGUGGAAGUCUGAUAUCGCCUCAGCUUUCUUGAACCUCCCUGCCCAUCCUUUAUGGCAACUCCGACAAAUAGUUGUGGUUGACGGAAAGUUUUACAUUGUUUGGCGACUCGUUUUCGGAAACCGAGCCUCUCCACGCAUUUUUUGCUCAUUGUCAGGGUUACUCUGCUGGAUUGCAGUUAAGAAGCUUGGCAUUGAAGGACUUCUCGUCUACAUGGAUGACUUUUACGGUUGGGAUUUCGCCGACAACCUCAUCAAAUUUCAUGGUCGUCGCCGCCCCUGUUGGCAGGUUCUAUUGCUCACAUUCUGGGAAGCUAUCGGAUGCCCGUAUGAGGACAGGAAGCAAGAGGAUGGUGAUUGUCUAAAAAUCAUUGGUUUCUGGGUUGAUCCCAAUCGUGGUAGCAUCUCACUUCCCCCUGAUUCCGUUGACACCAUUGUGACGCACAUUACCUCCUUCCUCACUCAUCCCAAAUGUUCACCUAUUCUCUGUGAUUGGCAGCGGCUUGAGCUGACAUGGUUGGCAGGUGUCAUUCGCCAUGCUAUUGGUGUUCGCUUCGUGGAUAGUCUCAACUGGAUGGACAACAAGGCUGACAUUGUUCUCUGGACGGAUGCAAGUCUCCGUCUUGCCUUGAGCUUUUACUAUAGUGGUAAUGGGUUUGUGUACCAACUCCGGCCACCUCCUCCUGGUACUGCCAUUGACAUCUUCUUCCUUGAGCUGAUCGCCAUUAUGUCAGCCAUCUUCCACGUUGCGUCUUUUAAAUCUCCACCACGUCGCAUUCUUCUGUUUACUGACAGUUUGGAUGCAGUUGGACUGCUCAACUCGCUUGCGGCAUCUGAAGAUCAGCACAAUGCACCCCUCUUAGGUAUCACAUAG